CAUAAGUAUAUGAAGGCGUGUUCCGCACACCUGGGACCGCACAUCUUGGCCCUUGAAUAGAUGAUCCACAGUCUGCAGGCCUGUUGCGGUCAUAAGAACCCCUACUUCCCUCAUCCUGCCCACACCGAAGCUCUUCAAUCUUCACUCGUAGAGAGUCAGUCUCUGGCGACUAGCCCGACGACAUGGAGGGCCUUACCCUGAUCCUCCUGUAUCUGGCCAUCCCGAGCCUGCUCUACUCCGUGCUGCGGCAGCUCCUGUCGUGGAAGAAUGGAAGCGCUACGCCGGAACCCAAGUUCCCCGGUCCCCGACAGUUUCCCAUCGUCGGCCGCAUCCACGACUUGCCCACGAUCGGCUUGUGGCUGAAAUUCAAGGAAUGGUCCGACAUCCACGGUCCCAUCUUCCAGACCAGGGCCCUGAACCAGACCUUGAUCAUCGUCUCGGAUGAGGCAAUAGCAACAGAACUCCUCACCAAGAGGGGCAACAUCUACUCCGGCCGCCCUCAGAUCCGGUCUCUCAUCAGGCAUAAGGAAGGACCAGCAUAUGUUGCUUUGAUGGACCGUCAUGAUAUCUGGACCAAACAAAGGAAAUGGGUCCACGCCGCCAUGGCCGAGGCCCACAAGCACCACUUCUACGGCAAUAUCGAGAAGGAGACGGCGCGCUUCUUGGGCCUGCUCCUCCUGGACCCGGACCGGUUCAUCUGCUACACGCGCGAGUACUGCGGGCGCAUCAUGAGCCGGCUGGCGUGGGACGACGCCCCGUUGGGGCGCAAGAACGGCGAGAGCGCCGACAUGACGCUGCACUGCAUGAGCGUGUCGGGCCCCGUCACCAACACCGUGACGCCGCUCUGGCACAUCCCCCACGUCCUCAACCCCUGGAAGAAGUUCGAGGUCAAGCGCGAGUCCGAGCAGCGCGCCUGGUGGCUCAACAACUUCCGCAGGGCCCGCGACCGCAUGCUCAAGGGCGAGCUGCCGGCCGACACGUGGGUGUACCGCUAUUUCGACCAGAUCCGCAGCGCCGGCAACGAGACGCUCGAGCAGACCGAGGACCAGGAGAUCUUUGCGAGCUGCAUGAUUGGCUUCUUGAACCUGGUCGGCGUCGUGACCAUCUCGGGCCCGCUCAAGUUCUUCCUCAUGGCCAUGGCGCUGCACCCGGAGUGGCAGCGCAAGGCCCAGGAGGAGGUUGACCGCGUCUGCGGCGACCGCAUGCCGACCGUGAAGGACUGGCCCGAUCUGCCGACCGUGCGAGCCUGUCUUAAGGAGACGGUCAGGUGGAGGUCCGGCGUGCCUCUUGGCGUUCCUCACCAAGCGGAGAAAGAUGACGUGUACCGCGGCGUGAAGAUUAAGAAGGGUACAAUCAUCCUCGCCUGCGAAUGGAACCUCAACCGCGUUGAGUCCAAGUACCCGGACGCGGAGAACUACCGGCCCGACCGCUGGCUCGAGCCCGGCUGGCCGACGUACCAGGAGCCGCUGACGCGGUACCCCAGCUUCCGCGAGGGGCAGUCGAUGCACACGUUCGGGUGGGGGCGGCGCACGUGCCUGGGCCAGAACGUGGUCGACGACGAGGCCGUCGUGUUCGGCGCCGCCGUGCUCUGGGCCUUCAACCUCGCGCCCAAGACGUGCCCCCGCACCGGCAAGCCCGUCCCCAUCGAUACCCAGGCCACCAACGCCCACGUCAUCCUCGAGCCGCACCCGUACCCGCUGUCCAUCACGCCGCGGAGCGAGAAGCGGGGCGGCGACGUGCUGGAGGGGUACAAGGCUAUCGUGGGGCAGUUGAAGCUGUAGGAAUUCUGUCGCUGACCUGUUUGCGGGUGCUUGGGUCGAUAUCCAUGUUUUGAGUCCCGAGAGUAACUAGCUAUAUUGAAGUGUUGCAAGAGAGAAGGAGUGGUUUUCUUGGCCUGUUUUUAAAGACGCAGCUGGGAGUUGGAUACGGGAAUAAUGGGUGUAUGGACGCUGUAAUCUCAAACCACAUAUAUUGACAACAGUAACCAUCCCGGCACCCAGUUCCUGCUUUGUCAAUCAUUUCACACCGAACCGCACCAACCAACCUAUGUCAUGUCAUCUCUUUCCAACUCGCUCGCCCAGGUUCUGCAGGUGGUAUGCCCUCCAAAAGUCAGGCGAUUAGUCACAUGACACAUAUCCUGAACAGCCAAGAUCUCCG